UGCGACUCUGGAAAUUUUUACAUGCGCAAUCUUUUCACGCUAUUUCCGGUUUACUUCCUGGUUAGGGUUUCACGCCAGCGAAUACACAAGGAACAAAAGUACCAUUAUGAAUGUAUCACAUGAAGUAUCGCUGUUGGUGGAAGAGUUGAAGCGGCUCGGUGAUAACAGCAGAAAUGCUGAUGGGAAUUGUGUUGUGAAGUUUGGUACACUUUUUGAGGAUGAUAAAUGUGCCAACAUGUUUGAGGCCCUUGUGGGAACUCUUCGUGCAGCAAAGAAAAAGAAGUACAUCAAAUAUGAAGGAGAAAUGUUACUGCAUGGACCUCACAACAAUGUGGAAAUUGAACUUCUUCAAGAAAAUGUAGAAUAACGAGAAAUAAGAUUUAGGAUGCAACACAAUUUCAGGAAUAUAAUAUCUGAUAUUAUUAAUAUGCAAGUUGCAAUAGGAUCACUAUGUGUAUUAUGCUACAUGCUAAAAGCACUAACAUUUUUGUUCAGUGGCUUAUGAUUACUGUGUAUGAUAGUUCUGAGAUUAAAUAAGUGCUUACAUGUUGACAAUAGUAUUUGUCACAGAACUAGCCUACAUAUAUCUGAUGCAAAAUUAAAUUCUAAAAUUGGCAUUGUGACAUUGUUUUUAUUUUCUGUCACAACUACAUGUAGUUAACAUUUCAUGCUUAUUAUUAAUAAUGGUGAUUGAGUUAUUUUCUAUUCAAAACAUGUUGAAUCAUAAAAUAUUUUUGAGGCCUCUGAGGGGUAAGUUGUUAAUAAGUACCGCUUUACAAUGGACAAGUUUCCCUAUUUUGAGUGAUGGUGAUAACUCCCCUGGUAUAAUAAGUCAAUGGCCUAAGGUUGAGCUACACAGGCUUCUUACAGACCUUGAAAAGACCCUGAAAACAAAGGAUUGGCCUUAAAAAGUCAUAAAAUUUAUUAAAAAGCCCUAAAAGCCCCUCAAUUUAACAAAAAAUAAAUCUAGGUCAAAUGUGAACUUUGAAUUUGACUUGAUUGACAUUUAAUUAUGGUUGUAUAUCAAUUAUGGUGGUUUUAUUCUCAUAAAAACAAGUUUAGAAAAUACAACAAAAUAAAAUAUUUGAGUUGUUUAGCGUUUAUAAAAUUGGUUAAGAGACAUUCGGAAUACACAUAUGUAAAUCCUGCGUAGUAUGGAUUAGUCAUAACUUCAGUAGUUAGGGGCGUUGAACUUGUACAUUAAUUUAAAGCAAUUUAUAAUGUAAUUAUAAUUUGAAAAAUAUCUGUGAUGUGUCGAGGCAAUGUUUUAUAAGAUCUCAAUAGUGCUAUUCUUUGUGAUGUUGAUUCAGUGUUCUGCAAUAUGUCAAGACUUUCAGUCUACCAUUGUUCUACACUGUCAGUGGAUCUUCUACUGAAACGUCAGUGGAUCUUCUACAGAAACGUCAAUGGAUCUUCUACAGAAACAUCAGUGUCAUAUACAUGUUCCAAUACAACCAGUGAGGAUAUCACAUGGUAUAUAUCAGUGCUUCAGUUAAGUUUUUUUAACCUUCAAUGGAGGAGUGAAAGUGAUGAAAGAAGUUCUGAUUUUCACAUUUGGAAUCCACAAUUUUUGGAACACAAGCCGACAGACACAUCUUGCAGGACUGGUCAAGUUUUUUCGUGUUUUUGUUCAUGUUUAUCAACUUCACGUAGAACAUCAUUGAUAAAGAUGCUCAUGGAAACUGUUGUUUAUAUUUUUAUUGAACAGCAACAUCUUUGGAUAAAUAAAUCUGACUCUAGAAAGAUUUUUAUAUGAAACUUACGGCAUUGAGUGACAGCAAACAUUUUAAUGAUUCAGUUUUUGUGAAGUUUGUAUAUGGAUUGCAGACACCAGGUAAUGGUUACAUCUGCAUAAUGCUAAUAUAAAAAUUAGAUUUAUUUUUUAAUUGGUACACACAUCAUAUACAUAUACACAACCUAACUGGAGCACUGGUAUAUUGACUGGAGCACUGGUAUAUUGAUACCUGUAUAUGUUCAGCUUAACUGGAGCACUGGUAUAUUGACUGGAGCACUGGUAUAUUGACUACCUGUAUAUGUACAUUUGCACAUAUAUUGUUCUAAUGUAGAUUAUGAUAUCAAUACAAUGAGAUUUAUAAAAUCAACAUAUGACUUCAUUAUCAUUUUGUGUUAAAGUGCUGAUUGUGUACAACGUUUCACUGGUAAACUAAUGCUGAUAUCUUCAUGUUUUUUAUCUGUUUGACUUGUGUGAUAUUUUACAUGCUAUAAACACUACUUCAAUGCAACUGUAUAACGUGUUUUCUUCAAUAUAACAUCUGAAUGUCAUAUCAGACGGCAUGCUAUUUCAAUUGUAUUUGUAUAAAUAAGGUUAAUUCUAUAUUUUAUAUACUGAUACAUUUUACAUUGUGUUGCCAAACAAAUAUUUCCACUUAUCUGUGUUCGUAGAAAUGUUUAUAUCACAACUAAGGUGGUGGAAUAGACAAAUACUGUGUAGAAAGAAUUUGUGUAUUAAAAUAUUUGUGUUACCUACCUAAAUAAUUUGAUAUUUUAUGCUGUUCUUACAUUCACACAGAUUUUGGGCAUGUUGUAUUGAGAAACAAUUUGUAUACUUUACUUUAUUGUCUAAUGAUUUAAGAUAUUAUUUUGUUAUGAAAAUAUUUUUUGAGGAGGCAUUUUGCAGUAAUUUGAUAUGGGAACAAGUGUAAACUUAUUUUUGAGUUGUUCAAUUCCAAACAUGUGUUGAACCCCUUUAUAAAGAUAUCCUUGCAUGUCUGCAUAGUUACAGCCUAAAGUGGUCACAGUAUUCAUAUAGACUCCAGGUGUUUUUUUUAAAUGGCAUAAUAUUAUAACUUUUUUGAGAGAGGAGGGUUUAUAACGAUAUUUGAUAGCAACAUAAUAGACACUUUCUGGAAGUGACUAAGUAUGCUUAGUCAUUUUACUCCACUAGGUAUGUUAACUUAAAUAUUUGGGAAACUUAUAAAAGAUCCAAGAUAGAGAGUUGAUACCAGACUAGUAAUUUACCUUUUGUAGUGUGCCUUGGCCUUAUACACACUGCCAUCUCCCCAUCUCACUAUAAAUAAACACGUACUUGUAUUAUCAAAAAAUAGUUAAUUGGUCAUGUAUGGUCAUGUUAAGCAGAAGCACCGCAAGAUAUUCAAUCAUACAUAACCAUAGGUUGUCUCCCUUCACUUUAAAGUGGCCGUUUCACUUAACUUUUGUGCUUGGAAUGUUUUUACAGAUGCUUUGCUUUUGCAAUUAACAUAAAUCUGGAGAUAUUGUCUAACCAUAGAGCAUGACUUACAAAAAUAUCAUGACAUGUAGGAAAACCGCUGUCUCUGUUCACAUCAUGAUGAUUCACUUGGUCUAGCUCGACUAUCACAAAUUGGAGUCGGACUCCAGCUGAGUUUGAGUUACAUCAUGUUAAGUAAAGUUUGAGCUCAGCCUGUGUCUGAUUCCAUGUAUUGGUGAUGAUUUUUGAGCCUGGCAGCCUAUCAAUCAAGUGAAACCUGUUUAGUGCCACUUAAAUUCCUGAAACAAAUUUAAAUAACCAAAAUCCUUCAUGAUUUAUUACCUACAUUCUUGAAAUCUUUCUUGAACUUGAAGAUUAUAUAGGACCCAGAUUAGCCAGGUCCUUUGUACCAAGUACAUGGAAAUUAUUUAUGAUUAAGUUUUACAAAUGCCCUCCAGUGCAUAUGUGAUACUCAGGUUAGCAGAGCUCUCUUACAUCGAUGCUUUACUAUCUAUUUAAUAAUGUGAUAAUUCAAGAAUAGUUAAGUAAAUUAAUAAAAUCUUUUUGUGACAGUA